GCAGUUAUGGGGACAAUGUCAAGGUCAACCGCGCUGAUGAGUAUGACUUGGUAUUUUUUCUAAAUUUCCCCGCCAAAGAUGAAAUACUAGUCACGGAGGAUCCCGAUUUGCCGGGAAAUUUUUUCAUUGACGUGAAGAAUGUAUUGAAAACUUUAAAAUCACAAAAGCAAAAUUGUCUACUCUAUGAAAAACUUCGAACUUGGACUGUAAAGGAUAACGAUUGCGAAUAUUUGGAUAUAGAAAAAUUACAUGCUUGGCUGAAAAGCUGUUUCAGCAAAGCGCUAUUGGCUAUGAAAAAUAGCGUGGAAGGUGUACCGUCCAACUUGAAAUUUGUGUAUCAACGUUGUGGCCCCGCGCACACAAUUACCGUUAGUGAACCAUGCAAAUUUUCGGUAGAUUUUGUACCGGGCAUAGUAUUGGGUGCGCAACAUGUCAUAAUGGAGAAUAGCCCUCCCGAAUGGCAUGGCAUACCAAAGCCUGUGCAGAAUACCAAAUCAUUUCGGGCUUCAUACUAUUCAUUGGAAAGGGAACUGAUUAAAAAUAAGAACAAUUUGAAAAAUGCAUUAAGAAUAUUGAAGAAGUUUCGCGAUAGCCAUCCAAAUAUGAACAAUUUGAAAAGCUACUACAUUAAAACACUGUUUUUAUGGAGAAAUUCUCAGGUGGAUAACGAAUACUGGGCGCGUAGACUCUGUGAUUCUAUUAAAGAUAUGUUUUCAUUGUUGAAAUGCUGCUUAGACGCAGGCUACUUGGGAUUCUAUUGGAAUAAAAAAUUAAAUUUAUUUAACGAAUUAAAUGAAGAACAACUCAAUGAGAUGCGGUCCUACAUGAAAUGUGUGUGUGAUGAUAUAUUGGUGGCACAUGAAAAUAUGUACUUAAGCCCAGCACUGGCACUCAAAGUUAUUCACUUGUUUUUGAGCAAAGACGAACGUCUGCAGUGUCUGCCUCUAAUAGCUCGCCACGUUAAAACGAAGCGAUAUCGUCUUGUGACUGCUGGGACGCGUCAUAGAAUACAUCAUUUUGACUCACCCCCAUCAGCUACAUCGCCUCCAGCAAGAACUUUAUUCGGCGCCCCAAAGAUUUUUAACCCAAUUAAAAUCACGAUACCUUAUCCCCAACAGCCUUUGGCAUGCAAAUUGGAGUAUUCUCCUAGUUAUGAUUCCGAUGGUGGCGAACCUUUCUUGGGGGCUUUAUCGCAGGACUAUUUAAAAGAUUUAUAUGAAGUUUUUGCAUGGGAACAGUCGAUCUCAGACAGCGAGGAUAGCCACACAUACUCUUAACUAUGUUAAAAAGGAUCAGUCCAGCG